AUGUAUUAUUAUAGAUCGUAUCCAGUCACAUCGACGGGUGCUGGACAGCAGCGUAUUCGAGUUGCACGUGCUGUUGUAGCGGAUAGAAAUGCUGCUGUGGAUGAACCAGGGUUAACGCAUGCUGAUCCGGCGCGACAUGCAUCAGCAGGGUCAGCGUGUGGAGAUGCGCAAGUAGCAGCCGCAGCAGCAACAGUAUCCAGAGCACGUCAACAACAGACUCGACCAGCAGCUGGUGAUUACAGUGGAUCAGUGGUAAAUCAUUCGUUACAACAAUCCGGUGAUUUCAGCAACAGUAGUAGUAAUACAUCGAACGCCGAAGCAACACAACGUUAG